CCAGCCAUAUGAGUAUCUAGAGGAGAACGUUGAUUGUUACAUGAUGACGAUUCGCUUUGAACUAAAACAACUGAAAGCAAAAGUCCGAAAUCCCAGACACCCCUAUUCCCCACACUGGAACCCGCCCCAUGGUGAUUGAUUCCAAUCCAAAUCCACAGUUCUGGUUCCAUUGAGCACCCUUGUUCGAGCACAGAGCAGAGCAGCUGUGAGAAAGAACUGGACUAGCACAAUUCUGAAAUGCGUCAAAAUAUGGUUAUUUGAGGGACUCCAUAUAAUUUAUAAUAUUUGCCACGCUAACUAGUAAAGAGACGGGUUCUUUUUUGUACGAGUGAGUGAGCGCUGGCGUGCACUAUAAUAAUUAUUUGGCCAUAUAAGCGUCGCUAACAACUGCUUCGUUUCAUACAAUCAAAUUGAAAUCUGAAAUCGUUGUGUGUAGUUCCGAGUCUUGAUUUCUUCUUUGGUUGUAAAUGUUGUGGUACUAAAACAAAGUCAGUGGUAGAGACGUUGUAGAUUAUAGAUUUAUUCCGCAUAUCAACCAAUUGCAUUGAUUUAAUGUCAUAUGAGGCACCGUUAGAUAAUGGACCUGCAUUUUUAUUCCGAUCUAACGGAUGGGACUGGGCAACACGGAGAUCGAGAAUUCCUGGACCCUGGGUCUUUCAAUGGAUUUGACAAUAAGGUGACCGACAGUGAGAUUGAUUUGACAAGAGACCUGUGUGUCUGUCUGUGUGUUGUGCUCUAUGUAUAACUCACUGACUCUCUCACAUGCACUCAGAAUCCUGUACAAUAACUAUCUUAUAACAGCAUAUAAGGGCUUGGUUGAAUAUGUAGUAUAUCAGGUACAUGUGUAUGGGGACGUGAUGUGAGCUCAGCUGUUAUUGGGAUUGUCCUUUUCACUGUUUUGAUGAAUGGUAAAGUUUGUGUGACCAUUAUAUCUAGGUGUUGGUUAUUAUGGUCUGAUGAGGUACUGUCAUCCCUAUGUAUGAUGCCACAGAUGUUUUAAAGGGAUGCUGACUGUUAUGAUGAUGAUGAUGAUGAUGAGACUUAUUCUCCUAUGUGAUGAUGAUUUGACCCGUGUGUGUGUUUCAGUUCCCUGGAGGCAGUGACAACUACCUGACCAUCAGCGGGGCGGGCCAUCCGUUCCUCUCGUCCUCUGAGGUAGCUACUCAUUCCUUCCUUUCACUUCUCUCUCUUCUAAACUCUCAUUCACUCUCUUUUUCUCUCCCCUAUCCUGUCUCACUCUCUUUACAACACACAAUCUGCAGUUACUCACACACCACUCACAUCCAAUAUAGCAGGUGAGGAAGUCUCAAACUAUAAUAAUAAUAAUAACCUUUUCUCUUCCCACCCUCUUUCCCCUCUUGUCUCUCUUCUCUCCUCCAUUCUCCCCUUCCUCUUUUCUCCAUACCCCCUCUCCUCUCCCCCAUCAUCUCUUCUCCCUCUCGCUCUUCUCUCCCUCCCCCAAUAGACGUUCCACACCCCCAGUCUGGGAGAUGAGGAGUUUGAGAUCCCCCCCAUCUCCCUGGAUCCAGUCCAGGCGCUCACCGUGUCCGAUGUGGUGGCCCACUUCAGAGAGCUGUCGGAUGGAGAGCGCGGUGGCUUGUCCACCGCCGGGAACGUUGUGGUCGGGGGAGACGACCCGUCCUUCGCCUCCACCGUUGUGAAUCCCCACCCGGGGUCUCAGGGGCUGGACCACCACUUGAGUCUGGGGGUCAUCAGUCAGCCUGGUGGAGGAGGAGCUAUUCUGGGGUCUGCUCUGGGCAUGGUGAGGACUGCAAGGGUUGAGGAUGCAUUUGAAAUGGCACCCUAUUCUCUAGAUAGUGCACUAUUUUUGACAAGGGCCCGCAUAUGGAUCUGGUCAAAAGUAGUGCACUAUGUAGGUAAUAGCCUAUUAGGGUGCCAUUUCCGACACAAUUAGUUAUUGACUGAAAUUUGAAAUGAUAUGAAUUGGGCCCUUUUCACACCACAGUCCAUUCUUUGAUAACAAGAUGGUUGCUGCCUGUAAUCAGGCCCGGUCCUGGCCGCUCUGCCGCCCUAGGCGAUGAAAGUUGAAAAGAUGUCUUGAGUAGAGUACAUUAGAGUAAAGUAGUGUACAGUACAGUACACGAUGCUGAACUGUACUCUACUGUGCUGUACUGUUGUAAUCUACUGAACUAUACUCUUAAUUUUCUUUACUGUACUGUAAUGUACUCUUCUCUACUGUGCUGUACUGUCCAAACUUGUGAAACAUAGACGUCUAUGUUUGGGCCAAAUCAAGGCCGGUCCAGACCAGACCAAAUUUGAACUAAACAAAGACUUCUAUGAUUGGUUCAGAUUUGAUCCGGUCCAUGGAUGUUGAAAUCAAGUCCAGACUGCACCAAAUCAAUACAACAAAAAGACGUCCGGACAGGACCAAAAAAAUACGUCCAAAAGACGUCCGCAUCGGUCCAUGCUUACAGGGGUGCAGUGGAGGUUGGUGGGAGUAGGGCUGUGGCGGUCAUGAAAUUUAGUCAGCCAGUGAUUGUCAAGCAAAUAACUGUUGGUCUCACGGUAAUUGACCGUUAAUUAACAUAAACACAUUUAGCAUCUCCUGGCUUCCACACAUAGCCUACAAGCCACUGAUGCUGACCUUUGGAACAUCUACAUUUUACAAGUAUAAUAAAUCAAUGUAAUAUAGCCUCCACCUUCACAAUAAAUCCAUUAUUUCUUUUAGACAGGUCUAAAGAAGCAUGAUAUGAAGAAAAUGUAGUCUAUUUCAGAAGAAAAUAAUAGCAUACUCUGAGUUGUCCUUAUGUUAGGUCCUGCUGUGGCGAUGCCAAAUGGCUGUGGGCUACACUAGUUCAUUUAGCAGACAAGAUUUGCUUAGAAUUACAUGGCAUUAUUUUAUACUAUUUUAUAGUAUGAAGAAUACAAUUGAACAAAGCUGAAUCAAAUAGAAAGGAUAUUUUCUCCAAACGAUUUGAGGCAGUGCGCACAUGCGGCUAUUCUGUGUUGAGCGGUUAACAAAGAAAUAGGUAUUCCUAUAUGCUUAAUUUAGAGAUAUUAAUGUAACUUUAGUUGUACUACAAACGUUGGACUAUAUGUUUAGAUUUGUAAUACAUUGUAAGGCUGCAUGAUGAGACUCUAAUGAUGAUUUGAAAGGCUUCAGCUCUGCUUCAAUAGUCUCUCAUUCACAAUUUGACAAGCACUUGAUAAUGCCUCGAAUUUCACGGCGGCAUCCCCUUUGUGGCCGUAAUGCACCCUAAAAUAAUUGAUGCCUUUUGCGGCCCGGAGUGCAGCGUUGUGCCCUUCUCCCUGAGUGUGCUGCACAAUCCCUGAGUGCUGCGCAAUCCGAAGCGCCUCUCACUCACAUGGCUCACCGUCACGUGAUUGGGUCUUUCUCAUAGGCUACAAGUGAAGACAGACACAUCGGGACGCAACUGCGCAUGUCCUUAUCCAAUUCUGAGGUGCAUAUUGAAGAUGUAUGGAAGAACUUUCCACAUUUACUUUCCGUCAGCCAACAAGAUGAGUAGGCCUAACGAACAGCAAAAGCACUAGCCUAUGUCAGUCUACUAUCCCCCAUAGUACAAAGGUCGACCUAUUCUAUUCUGUGCAAUAAAUAAAUAUUCCAAACAUAGUCUGGGACAGUUGUGGGGUGCAAUAGAUCCCAAAUUAAUACAACCACUAGCAUCAAAAAAACAUUUUUUAAGCAAUGUGGCUGACGCAACAGAUCAGAAUGUUUAGCUUAAAAUGUUGAUAAACUAUUAGGCUAUUUCUUCACAUUAUAAGUGCUGUUGUUGGAGGUGCGUCUUGGUCAGUUUAGCUGGGAAAAUGCCACCCUCGUCAAUCUGCCACUGUAGGCGACUGCAUAGUCCUGCCUAAUGGGCGGGCCGGUUCUGCCUGUAAUACACAUCUUUGGCUUUUUCCAGGAUCUGGGCCACCCCAUUGGCUCCCAGUUCAGCAGCUCCUCCCCCAUGACCAUAGACGUCCCGCUGAGUGACAUGGGCCAUGGCCUGUUGGGCCACAACCAGCUGACCACCAUCGACCAAUCGGAGCUCAGCACCCAGCUGGGGCUCAGUCUAGGGGGCGGGGCCAUCCUGGCGAGGUCGCAGUCACCUGACCAACCGCUGUCGGCCGCUGCUUCGCCCGCCGGCUCGCUACAGGACGACGACAUGGACGACUUCAGACGGGUCAGUCCUAUCGGUCGGUCUGUCUAUUAGUCAGUCUGUCUGUCUAUUGGUUAGUCUGUCUGUCUAUUGGUUUGUCUGUCUGCCUCAGUCUCCUCAUUGAUUACAGUCACACACAAAUUUGUAUACAAACUUCACUUUAUAUGAAACUGAUGUCCUUGUUUUAGCUAUCCCUCCCUCCCUCCCUCUCUCUCCCAUCCUACCCCUCUGUCUCUUCCAUUCUAACUCAGCAGAGUGUGUUGGUGGAGUCCCCUAUCUCUCUCUGCGUCAUCUCCCUCAAGCCCCCUGUCUCCGACUCCCCCAUUCCUUCCUUCGCUCCAUCCUCCAGCACCCCUCCUACCCUCGUACGAAGAGGGGGAGCGGCCGGAGGAGGGAAGAAAGGAAAGAAGAAGAAAGAGCCUAAGGAGAAGCCAGUGUCGGCCUAUGCUCUGUUCUUCAGGGACACACAGGCAGCCAUUAAGGGCCAGAACCCCAAAGCCACCUUCGGAGAGGUGUCCAAGAUAGUCGCCUCCAUGUGGGAUAGCCUGGGGGAGGAGCAGAAACAGGUACACACACACUUUCACAUGUGCAAACGCACAUGUUCACAAUCACAUUCACUACACAAGAACGUGUAAGCACACUCACUGCACAAGCACACAUGUAGAUAUCAAUAAUUUAAUGGUAUCGGGUUCAUACCUUCUCUCAUGAUAUACCUGUAUGUGUAUUCCUCUCAGGUGUACAAGAGGAAGACUGAAGCAGCUAAGAAGGAGUAUCUCAAGGCUCUGGCAGCCUACAGAGAUAAUCAGCUUUCUCAGGUGAGACAAGACGAGUAUUACUUGAGAACACUAUUCAGUUAUGUGUGUGAGUAGGUUUAUUAUGAUGGCCAACCUUUGUCAAUGUGUAAACUAAAUCUCCUCUUUUCUCUCUCCUCUCUCUUGCAAACUCUCUACCUUUCUCCUCCUCUUCUCUCUCCCAGCCGACCAUCGAGGUUCUGGACACUGCCCCGUCGCCUCCCUCUCCUCCUCCUGUCGCCCCACUCCCCAACCCUGAUCCCCGUUCCACCCGUUCCUCCGCCCCCCACCUGGCCCCUGAAGAGAACACCAUCACCAACAUCUGCACCUCCAACAUCAUCCUAGCAGGUGUUGACCUCCCUCAGGUCACCACCCGCUCCCGUACAGGGGCGCACAAACCCCCCGCUCCUAUGCCUGCCCUGGCCCCAAGCCCCCCCACCGUCACUAAAAUCAUCAUCAAGCAACAGACGUCGCCAUCAGGGGUAAUGGUGGUGUCAGGUAGUACGGUAUUGUCGGCUCGGCAGCCGCCACCACUCCAACAGAUGCAGAACACCCCUCCUCCGCCCCGCCUCCAGCAGAUGGGACAUGCCCAGGCCCCACCGCCACUGCAGGCCAAACCAAGAGGCGGGGGUGCCAUGGCACCACCCCCUCUGCAGAUCAAGAUCGUCCCUCCCGCCUCAGAUUUGGACUCUCCCGAUAUCGUGACGGUGGCAGGGGGGUUAGCCGCGUUGGGUGGGGCCACUCCGACCUCGGGGGAGGUGGUACAGUCCACUGCCAUAGUAACUGCCUGUUCGACAGAGGCCGAGGACAGGGCAGAAGGAGAGGAAGGGGUAAGAGAAGUAUAGAAUAGAAAAACUUUAGCAUGUGUUCAUAAUUGAGGGCCAGGAGUUUUCCCUAUGUUUCUCGGGAAACUCAGGGCCGUGGUCAUCUAAUGAUUGGUAUCCUUCACACUACUGUAUGUCAACCACUCAGUCUUUCUCUCUCCCCUACCUCUCUCCCUCCCUCCCUUCCCAGAUGCAGGUGGAGUUGAAUGUGUCUCCAGGGCCAGAUGUGACCCAGACCUGCAGUCCUAACCUGUGUGUCCGAGUCGGCUGCACCAACCCAGCUGUAGAGAACAAGGACUGGGACAGGGAGUACUGCAGCAACGAGUGUGUGGCCACACACUGCAGGUAUGGACGGAUAGAUGGUUGGACACACAGGCUGUGUUUAGGCAGCCCAAUUGAGCUUUUUUUCACUAAUUGGUCUUUUGAUCAAUCAGAUCAGUGCUGAAAAAAAUCUGAUGUGAAAAGAUUUGAUGAUUGGUCAAAAUACCAAUUAAUGGAAAAAAUAUCAGAAUUGGGCUGCCUGUCUAAAUGCAGCCAUACAGACACACAUACACACUGACAUUACCACAUGAAACACUUAGGAGUCAAGAUAGAUCAUGUUCUUCCCAAACAAUGGAAAAUGUUUGCCUGACGACUCAAACGGAUUUCUUCUGCUGCUCUAUCGUUCGCUACAUACUUCAGGUCUGAGUCUGCCAUCAUUGAAGUUGUUUGUGGUGACGUCAAAAUGAGGGGUGUUCUACAAAACAAAGUCAUCAGCGAUUUUAUAAUCUCUAACCAAUCAGAGUAUCAAAGCCAAUUACUAAUUUUCAAAACGCUGCUACACCCAAGGGCGUUCUGGCUAUGGCCCAAACCAUCGGUUUCUGGGACCAAUCAGACGGUCUAGAAUGGAUUUCCAUUCUAGAAAUCGUCGGGGAAGUACUCAGAUCCAGACUCAUUGUGGAGAAGAAACUAAUGUUCGUGGGUGUGGCGUAGCGUUUGGCCGGAGCAAGGAGUUUGGGUAGCCAGGAAAGGAAAAUGUCGCUAAAGCAACAUUUCUGCUCCAAUUGUGAUUUUAUUUUUGUAUUAUUGAUUAGUUGAUUGAUUUUUUUUCUAUUGAUUGUCUCUAUAGGGAUGUAUUCAUGGCCUGGUGUGCGAUCAGAGGGCAGAACUCCACUGUCACGUAAGGAAUGGACAGAAGAGAGGAGUGAUAGCUGGACAAAGACUUCAAAGAGGAGAGAAGAGUGAUAUAUGAACAUGAUAGGGAUUAGGCAGGACUAAUGAGAAAUUAGAGUGGAGUGAAGAAUGGAGAAGAGAAGAAAGGGACUUGGCUUUUUUCCACAACCAGACUUUGUCCUUAUAGAAUAAUCAAGCAGAAGACCAAAACUCCUGUGAUGAUAAAUUAUGUAAAUAAUUUAAAUAAUAAGAUAAUUUUAUAUUAAAUGUUUUUAAUCAUUUUAAAAUGUUGGGGAAAUGUAAUGUAAUGCUACAGGUACCACUGGUAUGUCUCUUGCAUUUCAUAGCUAGAGCCAUAGAGUUGGACAAAGGGCACAUAUUUGCAAAUGGUGCUAUCCAUGCAAAAAUAGACUUUGUGUUAAUCUAUCCAA